CACUUGUUAAAAAUAAAAAUCCAUAUAAUUUUUUUAGCCAAAAAAUUAAAUAAUAUUAGGUCUCCAAAUUUUCAAAAAAAAAAUUUCUUUAUUUCCAAAAGAAAACCUUAAGAGUAAAACAGAGUAUUAUGCUAACAGGUAAAGCUACUACAACCUAACUAACGACAACAAUUUCUUUCUACAAAUUUAUUUUCACGCUCUGCAACACCUCUCCACCCCUCAAUUACAACCCAAACUACACACACACACCUGUUUUCGAUUUUAAUUAUAACAUCUUUUGGGGGCUUCUCAAAACAAUAACGACCUUGUUAUUUGUUAUUGCACAAACAAAAAAACAUCUUUCACGUAAACCAUUUAAAUAUGAUGACAAAUUAAAACUUGCUAACCGAAAAACUUACUACUGUAUUGCUGUUUUACUUACAACGCCCGCCUAUUUUGGGGUUAACAUUAUUUAAUUGUUGUGGAUUUUUGGCCAAAAAACACCUUAACAAACUCCAUUUUGUUUGUGAAAUGAAAAUGGCUUUUAUUUUAUUAAAUAUUGCGUGACACAUGCCAUAAAUAUGUUUUAUUUUGUUUGUUUUAAACAAAAUAUUAAUACUUGGUCCCGUAUAAAAAUUCGUCGUCGACAACAAACACAACAACAAAAAAUAUCAAUCAAUUAAAACCAACUAAAUGUUUUUGCUGCAAUGCUGCUAAUGAUGAUGAUGACAUCGCAUCUAUUAACCCAUCUUGUUAUAUCCGAUGAUUUUCGGCUUAAACAUUUAAAUAAUCAAAUCAUAUUAAUCAACGACUGAAAUCUAUAACAAAAAAUAAAAAUAAUAAAUAAAUUGUAUUAAAACUAAAAAAAAACUUUUUUAUAACUUCACUAAAAUACAUAUUAACUAACAAAAAUUAAAAAACAAAAAAAUUAUAUAUAAAAUUUUUUAACCCUCUGCACUUUAUAAUUUAUUUGUCUAUAUUAUGAUUUCACCUGGUCAAUCUCUUUCAACUCUACCUAACAACUCAAACCUACAGCUUAAAAGCAACAACUAUUAACCCUCUUUUUGUAAACGAAAACAAACAUAAACGUCAUUAUAAAAUUAUCAACGAUUUAUAACUUAAAUAUAUAUAUAUAUAUUUUACUAGCCAUAGAGUAAGUCUAGUAAAAAACUUCUGUACAAAACAUCUCCAAACCAAAAAAAAAUCUACUCUUCAUAUUGUACAUAUCACAAUCCAAAAAAAAAAAAGAAAAACUAAAAAUAUCUUCCAUUUAUAACUAAAAAUUGCCACAAUUCUGUUGCACCAUUGUUAAAAGGUUGUUUGUUGUCGUCUUUGUAUAUAUAGUUUUAAAAACCGACAACAAGACGUCUAAAAUCCAACAGCAACAGCAGCAGCAGUAGUAGUGGUAGCAAGCGUACAGCAAGUGUUAUACAACAAUUUGUUGCCACUUAUUGUGCCUCCUUAAAAGUUACACUCUUGUGUGUGUGUGUGUAUAUUUGUGUGAGAGUUUGUUUGUUGGUUGUAAAUAAUGGGGCUGCAAAUGGCAGCAUUGCCAACAGCAGCCAAUUAUGUUGCAGUAACACUCCUAGCGUUGUUGAUCUGGACGCCACAUGUUAUAGAUGCAGUCCAUGCAAAUUUUUCGGAUUUUCCAUAUAUACAAUAUUUAACACAUCCACCGGAGAUCAUCAAGAAGCCUCAGAAUCAGGGCGUUCGUGUAGGAGGAGUGGCAACAUUUUAUUGUGCAGCUAGAGGAGAUCCACCACCAUCGAUAGUUUGGCGUAAAAAUGGCAAAAAAGUAUCGGGUACCCAAUCACGUUAUACGGUGCUGGAACAACCCGGCGGUGUUUCAAUAUUACGCAUUGAGCCUGUACGUGCUGGACGUGAUGAUGCUCCCUAUGAGUGCGUAGCAGAGAAUGGUGUAGGCGAUGCUGUAUCAGCAGAUGCUACACUAACAGUAUAUGAAGGUGAUAAAACUCCUCCUGGUUUCCCUGUAAUCACACAGGGUCCUAGUACGCGUGUCAUUGAAGUUGGUCAUACGGCAACGAUGCAGUGUAAAGCAAUUGGUAAUCCCACACCAAAUAUAUAUUGGAUUAAAAAUCAGACAAGAGUUGACAUGAGUAAUCCAAGGUAUUCGAUAAAAGAAGGUGGCCUACAAAUUGAAAACAGUCGAGAAGAGGAUCAGGGUAAAUAUGAAUGUGUGGCUGAGAAUUCUGUGGGUACUGAACAUUCCAAGGCUACUAACUUAUAUGUUAAGGUGCGUAGAGUACCACCCACCUUUUCACGACCCCCAGAGCCCAUUAAUGAAGUGAUGUUAGGAUCAAAUCUUAAUCUCUCUUGUAUAGCAGUGGGUUCACCCAUGCCACAUGUUAAAUGGAUGAAUGGCGCUCAAGAUUUAACACCUGAAAAUAAUAUACCAAUUGGCCGUAACAUUAUUGAAUUGACUAAUAUACAGCAAAGCGCCAAUUAUACUUGUAUAGCAGCCUCUUCAUUGGGUCAAAUUGAAGCCACAGCCGUGGUUAAAGUUCAAUCUUUACCUACCGCACCCACAGAUGUACAAAUUUCUGAAGUUACAGCCACCUCUGUACGUUUGGAGUGGUCUUAUAAAGGCCCCGAAGACUUACAGUAUUAUGUGAUACAAUAUAAACCUAAAAAUGCUAAUCAGGCUUUUAGCGAGAUUAGCGGUAUUAUAACCAUGUUUUAUGUGGUACGAGCAUUAAGUCCUUAUACUGAAUACGAAUUUUAUGUGAUAGCUGUAAAUAAUAUAGGAAGAGGACCACCAUCGAUACCAGCGACUUGUACCACUGGCGAUUUUACAUAUGGUGGAGCAA